AAGAGGUAGAGCUCCAUUUGGGCUGUCAGACUGUUGGUUUUCAUAAAAGUUGGGUCUGGAUACGCGCUUCAACCUGUAGAACUACUGUGAUCUUUAGAAGGUAAAGAGAUUAGUUGAAAGAUGUAGAGGGAAGCCUUAACUGCAGGAUUUUUUUUAGACUUAUUAAGAACAAAAGUGGGAGAAUUUACCAAGUUUAAGCCCAAUAAACAUGGUGGGAUCAAGUGUCUCCGAGAUCCUUUUUAUCUCUGUCAAUCGCAGCAUCACUUUGAUGGGAAAGGUGUGGCUCAUUGUGAUGAUCUUCCUCCGAGUCCUGAUCCUCCUCUUCGCCGGUUACCCUCUCUACCGGGACGAGCAGGAGAGGUUCGUCUGUAACACCAUCCAACCCGGUUGUGCCAACGUCUGCUACGAUCUUUUCUCUCCCGUCUCCCUCUUCCGCUUCUGGCUGUUGCAGCUCGUCACCCUGUGUCUGCCUUACAUCAUCUUCGUAAUCUACGUCAUCCAUAAGGUGUCCAACGCACUCUCUGCGGCUCUGAACUCAACCGGACACGUCAAAACCUUUCAGCUGUUCAAGCCCCACAGGGAGAAGUUUAACCAGAUGCGUUUGAACAAGGUGGCUGAGCAGAGAGGAGGGCCGCGGUCCUUCGCUGGAGCCUACAUCCUCCAUCUGCUGUUCAGGACGCUGCUGGAGGCCGGCUUUGGGGCAGCUCAUUAUUACAUGUUCGGUUUCUACAUCCCCAAGAGGUUCCUGUGCCAACAUGUUCCAUGCACCACCCAGGUGGACUGCUACAUCUCCAGACCCACAGAGAAGACAGUGAUGCUCAACUUCAUGCUCGCUGUGGCUGCUCUGUCCCUUUUCCUCAACGUUCUGGAUUUCAUUUGGGCCAUCAAGCGAUCACUAAAGCACAGCAAGAGGAGGAUGACAGUAGAGAAAAUAUUUGAGGAGGAACGCUGCUUUCUCUCAGAUGGAGUGGAGUCCUCCGGCAUGGAUGCAAAAUCAUCUCCUACUCUGCAAAACCUGGAGGCGCAACUUGGGAAAACGGAAAGUUUCCGGAAGAGGCGCGGUAGUAAAACCUCUCGAGGAGGAGAGACAUUGUAUUCAGGUCAAGAGGCAUCUACCCUGGAGCGUUGCUCUCACCCUUCAGGACCUCCAUGCUGUAACAGUGGUAACAACGACAUCUUGAUCUCCCAAGAGGAAGUUCUAGAGAGGAAUGGCAGUGAGGUGGCCCUCUGCCCCCAGGAGACUCUGGGAACUCCGAGAUCCAUAAGAGUCAGCAAACGAAGCCGACUCAAACCUCCACCUCCACCUAGGCUGGACAUCAGGCUACCAUCUGGGGAGCUGGUACCCCCAGUCAGGGAUAUUUCCACGAAGACAGCAGUCUGUACCAGGGGGGGUCAAUAUUCCCUGUUUGAACUGGGAAACGGUGUUGAACUUCAAAGCAGUGAAGGUGGGCAGGAGAAAAGGUCUGAGUGGGUUUGAGUUUUUAGGCAAUCUCUAAAAAACGUUAACACAUACCAUAAAAUAUAAUGAGAGAUGCACCAACCAGGGAUUUGUAGCUCAGAAUGUGAUCUCAGAUCCCCUGAAAGGGAUUUUUAGUCUGUCCAAAUUUCUCUUUAGAAAUGUGCAGAUUGUUAAAUGCUGUCGAUCCUGCAACAGGGAAUCAUAAUUGGGUGAACUGGGAUCAGAGAUGUUACACUUUUGAUAUUCGUUUGGGUAAAAUGACUCCAAGACAGGUAUUUGAUGAUGAUCCGUUGAUUGUGGAUGGAGGAUCCUUUUGCUAUCCAAACAAGUCGGCUACAAAACCACCAAUAUUGCAAAAUGUCUAAAUAACUGUCAUUACUUGUACCUGAUAGUUCUUAUGCAUGGUUUGUUUACUCAAUUAAAAAAAAGGGUCGGAUUUUUCCCAGAUCCCAUUGGUUAGGUUGGUAUCAAGCUGCUAAUCGAUCUCUUGACAUGCUUUGAUAUAAUCCAUUUUGUUGUUGUUUUUCUUA